CCCUCGCCCCGCCCGGAACGAGUGUCGGCGUCCGCGUUCCCGGCCGGAGGGAGCCGGAGUCGCACCAUGGCGGCGGCCUCGCGAGUGUUCGGCUUCCGCGACGUGCGCUGGGCCCCGGACCCGGUGCUGGACCCGGGCGCGGCUGUGCGGACGCCGCAGCCGGUGCCGCUGGUGAUAGACAACGGCUCCUUCCAGACGCGGGCAGGCUGGGCCUGCGCCGACCCCGCCGUCCCCGCCGAGCCGCUGCUGCGGUUCCGCUCGCUGGCGGCGCGCAACCGCGGGGCCCGCGGCGGGACCGGAGCCGAGACGCAGGUGGGCAACGACCUGGGGAGCCCCGAGCCCCUGCGCUGGCUGCUCCGCUCGCCCUUCGACCGCAACGUGCCCGUGCAGCUGGAGCUGCAGGAGCUGCUCCUCGACCACGUCUUCCAGCGCCUCGGCGUCAGCUCGCAGGGUUGUGUUGAUCAUCCAAUCGUUCUGACAGAAGCAGUAUGCAAUCCUCUCUAUUCGAGACAAAUGAUGUCAGAGCUGCUCUUUGAAUGUUACCAAGUGCCGAAAGUGUCCUAUGGCAUAGAUAGCUUGUACAGUUUUUACCGAAACAGAAGUCAGAACUGGCGCUGCAGUGGUUUGGUGAUAUCUUCAGGUUAUCAGUGUACCCACAUUUUGCCAGUCUUGGAAGGCAGACUGGAUGCUAAAAACUGCAAACGCAUUAAUCUUGGAGGGUGUCAAGCAGCUGUCUAUCUCCAACGCCUCCUUCAGCUGAAAUACCCGGGGCAUUUUGCUGCCAUCACUCUUAGUCGCAUGGAGGAAAUACUGCAUGAGCAUAGCUAUGUUGCAGAGGACUAUAUAGAAGAGCUACGGAAGUGGCAGUCCCCAGAGUACUAUGAGAACAAUAUGCACAAGAUGCAGCUGCCUUUCUCUAACAAACUGCUGGGGAGCACUCUGACAUCAGAGGAAAAGCAGGAGAGGCGGCAGCAGCAGUUGCGUAGACUUCAAGAACUCAAUGCACGUCGUCGAGAAGAGAAGCUACAACUUGACCAAGAGAGGCUGGACAGGUUACUGUACGUACAGGAACUUUUAGAAGAUGGUCAGAUGGAUCAAUUCCACAAAGCUUUGGUGGAGCUGAACAUGGACUCUGCAGAAGAACUUCAGUCUUACAUUAACAAAUUGAGUCUGUCUGUUGAACAAACCAAGCAGAAAAUCCUACAGGCGGAAGUCAGUAUUGAAGUAGAUGUCGUGGACAGCAAGCCAGAGACUCCUGAUUUGGAUCCAUUAGGGAGUGAGCAGUCACUGGAGGAUGUGGAAAGUGUUAAUGAGUUUGAGCCUUUAUUUGCUGAGGAACAGCCUGAAGUUGAGAAGCCUGUUGCUGCAGUGCAGCCCGUGUUUAACCUGGCAGAGUACCACCAGCUUUUCCUUGGCACUGAAAGAAUCAGGGCUCCAGAGGUUGUUUUCCAGCCUUCCCUGAUAGGAGAAGACCAGGCUGGUAUAGCAGAAACCAUGCAAUAUGUCCUUGAGAGGUAUCCAAAGGAACAACAAGCUAUUCUUGUCCAGAAUGUUUUUCUCACUGGUGGAAAUACAAUGUACCCUGGACUGAAAGCCAGGGUCCAGAAGGAGCUCCUUGAGAUGAGACCAUUCCAGUCAUCUUUUCAGGUUCACCUUGCUUCCAAUCCUGUUUUAGAUGCCUGGUAUGGAGCUAGGGAUUGGGCAGUGGAAUAUAUGACUCGUGAUGAAGGCUGGAUAACCAGAAAAGACUACGAAGAAAAAGGGGGGGAAUACCUCAAGGAACACUGUGCUUCAAAUGUUUAUGUGCCUAUUCGCCUUCCAAAGCAGGCCCCACGGACAACAGAGGCAUUAGCACCUAGCAGAGUGCUGACGUCCAGCACAGGCAAUGCCUGUGAGUAGGCCUAGCACCAUGCCUUGGUCAUGGACCCUUGGACAGAGAUAGCAGCACUGGGAAAGGAAGUUACUGGUGUGCGGCAUGAAGCACAGGCCUCAGCAGCUCAGAGAGCCCCAAGCAUCUCAUCCAGUCCCUUCAACAAGGAGGACGAGCCACACUGAGGUGUCAGCUGCGUGGUUCUGGCACUUGCAAUGCUCAGCACAGAGCAAGGAGGAGCACCCCAGAAGUGCAUUCCAGAGAGAAACACCAUCUGAGAAACUUUCACAGCAAGACCCAGGUUGGGUUUUUUUUUUUGAGAGUCUGUUUUACAGCUUUUUUUUUUCAAUUAAAAUGUUCUGGUUUUAUA